GAAUCAAGUCCUUUCUUCUCUUUUCUACUUUGAAAGGCUUGGAACAGAAUACACAGAAGAAAGCGAAAGAAUUUGGGAAAACAAAGCAGGAACCCCACAAGGAAAGAAAAAACACCCAAUCAAUGGCCACAUUACACCCACCUUGGACAGAAACCUGUCCUUAGAUAUUUUUCAUUCGCGUCUUCUCUCUCUCUCUCUCUUUCUCUCUCCCCUGCUCGUUUAUCCCUAUCCACGUUACAACCACCACCCAUCAAUGCUUCUAAUUAAUAUAGAUCUUUAACCCCUCCAUAUUCGUUCUCUUAACGGCUACUUCUUUCUCUCAUAACACCAUACCCUUUCUUCAUUUUUGUCUGCCAAACUCAGACAAGGAGAGAGCUAGUUCCCAUAGUGUCUCUCUGUACGCUGAGAGAUGGAUUUUUCUUCCUUCUUGACCUCCUUGGGGACUUCCUUUGUAAUCUUUGUGAUUUUGAUGAUGCUUUUUACAUGGCUUUCCAGAAAACCUGGAAACACUGUCGUUUAUUACCCCAACCGGAUCUUGAAAGGCUUGGAUCCAUCGGAGGGAGGGUCCAGAACUCGCAACCCUUUCGCUUGGAUACGGGAAGCGUUGUCUUCCAGUGAAGAGGAUAUCAUAAACAUGUCUGGCAUUGACAGUGCUGUCUAUUUUGUGUUCUUGAGUACAGUGUUGUCAAUAUUGGUUGUAUCGGGCAUCAUUCUUCUACCAGUUCUUCUCCCUGUUGCUGCGACUGAAAAAAGAUUGAAAGUCACAAAUUCUACAAGUGAGGGGAGUUUCAAUGAUCUUGACAAGUUAUCUAUGGGACAUGUUAAGGAGAAGAGUCCAAGGCUGUGGGCAUUCCUGAUUGCUACCUACUGGGUUUCUUUUGUCACCUAUUACAUGUUAUGGAAAGCAUACAUACAUGUUUCUGGGCUGAGAGCUAAGGCUUUAAUGUCUCCAGAAGUAAAAGCAGAGCAAUUCGCUGUUCUUGUUAGGGACAUACCUCCUCCUCCUGAGGGCCAAACUCUAAAGGAACAGGUGGAUUCAUAUUUUAAAUCCAUCUACCCUGAGACAUUUUACAGAUCGAUGGUGGUUACAAACAAUAAAGAGGUUAACAAAAUUUAUGAAGAGUUGGAAGGGUACAAGAAAAAGCUUGCACAUGCAGAAGCCAUAUAUGCCGAGUCCAAGGAAUCAGGCAAACCAGAAGGGUCAAGACCUACCACCAAAACUGGCUUCCUUGGUCUCAUUGGUAAGAAAGUAGAUAGCAUAGAGUACUUCAAUGAGAAGAUUAAGGAACUAGUCACAAAAUUGGAAGCUGCACAAAAAGUUACAUUACGAGACAAGCAGCAGCCUUCUGCUUUGGUCUUUUUCACCAGUAGGGUGACAGCUGCUUCUGCAUCUCAGAGUCUGCAUGCCCAAAUGGUUGACACAUGGACUGCCAUGGAAGCUCCUGAGCCUCGUCAACUUUUAUGGACUAAUCUUAAAAUUAAGUUUUUCAAGAGGCAAAUACGACAGUACGUGGUAUACAUUAUUGUGGCUCUGACCAUAUUGUUUUACAUGAUACCAAUUGGGUUUAUUUCUGCAUUAACAACUUUGGACAAUCUGAAGAAAAUUCUCCCAUUCCUAAAGCCAGUUGUGAACAUUGUUGCAAUCAAGACAGUGUUGGAAGCCUACCUUCCUCAGAUUGCACUCAUCGUCUUUUUGGCAUUGUUGCCCAAGUUGCUUUUGUUUCUCUCCAAGGCAGAGGGAAUUCCUUCACAGAGCCAUGCAGUAAGGGCUACGUCUGGAAAGUACUUUUAUUUCACUGUUUUGAAUGUUUUUAUUGGAGUUACAAUCGGUGGAACCUUGUUCAGUACAUUCAAGAGCAUUCAGAAGAAUCCAGAUUCUGUAGUUAAAUUGCUAGGAAACGGCCUCCCUGGCAAUGCAACUUUCUUUCUUACCUUUGUGGCCCUGAAGUUCUUUGUUGGAUAUGGACUUGAGCUUUCACGUGUGGUUCCUCUAAUCAUUUAUCAUCUGAAAAGGAAGUACCUUUGCAAGACUGAAACUGAGUUGAAAGAGGCUUGGGCUCCUGGAGAUUUUGGAUAUGCAACCAGAGUUCCUGGUGACAUGCUUAUCAUCACAAUUGUCCUCUGCUACUCUGUCAUAGCUCCUCUGAUUAUCCCAUUUGGAGUUGUGUACUUUGGCCUGGGAUGGCUUGUUUUACGAAAUCAGGCACUUAAAGUCUUUGUUCCAUCCUUUGAGAGCUAUGGAAGGAUGUGGCCCCAUAUGCAUACACGAAUCCUUGCUUCUCUGUUAUUGUUCCAAGUCACAAUGUUUGGUUACUUUGGGGUGAAGGAAUUCUAUUAUACUCCAAUGCUGAUUCCGCUUCCCAUAAUUUCCUUGAUCUUCGUCUAUGUUUGUUCGAAGAAAUUCUACCGCUCUUUUUGUAACACACCUCUUGAAGUUGCUUGCCGUGAGCUGAAGGAAGUUCCUAACAUGGAACAACUCUUCAGAUCCUUCAUCCCACCAAGCUUGAACUCUGAGAAGCUCGACGAUGAGCAGUUCGAAGAUGCAUUAUCGCAAGUUUCAAGAAUGGGAUCAUUUGCUUGAACUUGGUGUUUUUCCACUUGAUAUUCCAGACUUGCAUCAGAAACUUCAUUUUUUUUUUCAAUUUCUGCUUGUCAUAUUCUAAGUUAGAACAUAAAUUAGGUUUUUCUUUUUUCUUUUUAGUUCUUGUGUGGAUAUUUUGUAAAUCAAUCCUGUUUUUAAUGUUUGCUUAGUUGAAUGGGUUCCUUAA